GGCGACCUCCAAAGAGAUCAAGGUAGUGGAAGUGCCUUAGAUAGAGCCCACGGGAGUUUGCUCUCCAGACGCUUAGGUUCUCUGAAUAAAAAGCGUUAAGCUUCCGGGGAAUACAGCACGAACAACCAGGACCCCAACUAAGGCAGAAAACAUAAUUCUAAGAUUUCUUCGGAGGGACGAGUGAAACCCUCCACCCACGCCCUUCCAGGAGUCUCCGGCUUUCAGCCUCGAGACUCCGCCCUAGAGGCGGUACCGAGGAGGGAGACCCGCCUCCUGAUCCUAGAUGGCCGAGGGAGACUAGCGCGCGUGCGCAGAGCUUGCAUCACAUCCGCCGCCUGGGCGCCCAAUUCCGGAAGGUGCUGCACAGCUGUGGCGGCGGAUACUGUGUUAGUGAUUAGAGUUUCUUUCCUGCCGGAGGUGGGAUACACGGUAGCAUCAUGGUCGAGGAGGUACAGAAACAUUCUGUACACACCCUUGUGUUCAGGUCAUUGAAGAGGACCCAUGACAUGUUUGUAGCUGAUAAUGGAAAACCUGUGCCUUUAGAUGAAGAGAGUCACAAACGAAAAAUGGCAAUCAAGCUUCGUAAUGAGUAUGGUCCUGUGUUGCAUAUGCCUACUUCAAAAGAAAAUCUUAAAGAGAAGGGUCCUCAGAAUGCAACGGAUUCAUAUGUUCAUAAACAGUACCCUGCCAAUCAAGGACAAGAAGUUGAAUACUUUGUGGCAGGUACACAUCCAUACCCACCAGGACCUGGGGUUGCUUUGACAGCAGAUACUAAGAUCCAGAGAAUGCCAAGUGAAUCAGCUGCACAGUCCUUAGCGGUGGCAUUACCUUCACAGACCAAGGCUGAUGCAAAUCGUACUGCACCUAGUGGAAGUGAAUACCGACAUCCUGGGGCUUCUGACCGUCCACAGCCUACAGCGAUGAAUUCAAUUGUCAUGGAGACUGGCAAUACCAAGAACUCUGCACUGAUGGCUAAAAAAGCCCCUACAAUGCCAAAACCCCAGUGGCACCCACCGUGGAAACUCUACAGGGUUAUCAGUGGGCAUCUUGGCUGGGUUCGAUGUAUUGCUGUGGAACCUGGAAAUCAGUGGUUUGUUACUGGAUCUGCUGACAGAACUAUAAAGAUCUGGGACUUGGCUAGUGGCAAAUUAAAACUGUCAUUGACUGGGCAUAUUAGUACUGUGCGGGGCGUGAUAGUAAGCACAAGGAGCCCAUACCUGUUCUCUUGUGGAGAAGACAAGCAAGUGAAAUGCUGGGAUCUCGAAUACAAUAAGGUUAUACGGCAUUAUCAUGGACAUUUAAGUGCAGUGUAUGGUUUGGAUUUGCACCCGACAAUCGAUGUGUUGGUAACCUGUAGUCGAGAUUCAACUGCACGGAUUUGGGAUGUGAGAACUAAAGCCAGUGUACACACAUUAUCUGGACAUACAAAUGCAGUUGCUACAGUGAGAUGUCAGGCUGCAGAACCACAAAUUAUUACAGGAAGCCAUGAUACUACAAUUCGAUUAUGGGAUCUGGUGGCUGGAAAAACAAGAGUGACAUUAACAAAUCACAAAAAAUCAGUUAGGGCUGUGGUUUUACAUCCAAGACAUUACACAUUUGCAUCUGGUUCUCCAGAUAACAUAAAGCAGUGGAAAUUCCCUGAUGGAAGUUUCAUUCAAAAUCUUUCCGGUCAUAAUGCUAUUAUUAACACAUUGACGGUAAAUUCUGAUGGAGUGCUUGUAUCUGGAGCUGACAAUGGCACCAUGCAUCUUUGGGACUGGAGAACUGGCUACAAUUUUCAGAGAGUUCACGCAGCUGUGCAACCUGGGUCUUUGGACAGUGAAUCAGGAAUAUUUGCUUGUGCUUUUGAUCAGUCUGAAAGUCGAUUACUAACAGCUGAAGCGGAUAAAACCAUUAAAGUAUACAGAGAGGAUGACACAGCCACAGAAGAAACUCAUCCAGUCAGCUGGAAACCAGAAAUUAUCAAGAGAAAGAGAUUUUAAUGAAUGUGGAAUUUUUUCUCUCUCUUUUUUUUUUCUUUUUAAUUAAAAAAAAAAAAGCUUGGCGUUCAUGAGGAUAUCCAGUCAUUUUGUGCUCUGGCUGGGAAUAUAAAGGAGAAAUUCACUUGCUUCAAUCGUUGCUGCUUCAUAUUUUACAAUAAACUGUCCCCUGUCCCCUA